GGUGGGGCGCAGAGCGCGGAGCUGAGAGGGACGGCCGCCAUCUUGAGCGGAGGCUGAGUCGGACUCGGAGCCGCAGGCUGCAGUGGUGUGUCCGCGAGCCCGCGGCCCCGCCUAGCCGCGGCCCGGCUGGAACCCUCUCCCGCCGCCUGUCUGCUCUGGGCUCCGGCCCUCUCAGCAUCAGCCCGGCCUGGUCCGGCCUCCCCGCGGGGUCACGCGGCCAUUCCCGGGGACGAUGAACGGAGGAUAAAUGGUGCCCAAGGCAGACAGCGGUGCCUUCCUGCUGCUCUUCCUGCUCGUGUUGACUGUCACCGAGCCGCUGCGGCCAGAGCUCCGGUGUAACCCUGGCCAGUUUGCCUGUCGUAGUGGCGCCAUUCAGUGCAUUCCCCUCCCCUGGCAGUGUGAUGGCUGGGUGACUUGUGAGGAUGAGAGCGAUGAAGCCGACUGUCCAGAAGUGACGGGGGAGACAAGUUCUUACCAUGGGAAGGAGGCUAUGGAUCCGAGGCAGGGUCGAACCCGGGGCGGUGACCCGACGCACUUUCAAGCAGUGAAUGUGGCUCAGCCUGUUCGAUUCAGCAGAAAGUGCCCAACAGGAUGGCACCACUAUGAGGGCACAGCCAGCUGCUACAGGGUCUACCCAAGUGGAGAGAACUACUGGGAUGCCGCACAGACCUGCCAGCGUGUGAAUGGCUCCCUUGCCACCUUCUCCACUGACCAGGAGCUGCGUUUUGUUCUGGCCCAGGAAUGGGAUCAACCUGAGCGGAGCUUUGCUUGGCAGGACCAGCACAAGUUGUGGGUUGGCUAUCAGUAUGUCAUCACUGGCCGGAAUCGCUCCUUAGAAGGUCACUGGGAGGUAGCACACAUCAAAGGUUCCUCAGAGGUGUUUCUGCCCCCAGACCCCAUUUUUGCCUCGGCCAUAUCUGAGAGCGACAACGUGUUCUGUGCACAGCUCCAGUGUUUCCACUUCCCCACACUCCGCCACCAUGACCUGCACAGCUGGCACGCCGAGAACUGCUAUGAGAAGUCUUCAUUUCUGUGUAAAAGAAGUCAAACAUGCGUGGACAUCAAGGACAAUGUAGUGGAUGAAGGAUUCUACUUCACCCCCAAAGGAGAUGACCCCUGCCUGAGCUGCACCUGCCAUGGAGGAGAGCCUGAGAUGUGUGUGGCUGCCCUCUGUGAGCGGCCCCAGGGCUGCCAGCAGUACCGCAAGGACCCCAAGGAAUGCUGCAAGUUCAUGUGUCUGGACCCGGGUAAGACUGACGAUGGCAACAGCCUGUUUGACUCCAUGGCCAGUGGGAUGCGUCUGAUUGUCAGCUGCAUCUCCUCCUUCCUCAUCCUGUCGCUGCUGCUUUUUAUGGUCCACCGGCUACGUCAGAGGCGCCGGGAGCGCAUCGAGUCCCUGAUUGGAGCAAACCUGCACCACUUCAACCUUGGCCGGAGGAUCCCUGGCUUUGAUUAUGGCCCCGAUGGGUUUGGCACGGGCCUCACCCCACUACAUCUCUCUGAUGAUGGAGAAGGUGGGACUUUCCACUUCCAUGACCCUCCACCCCCCUACACUGCCUACAAAUACCCUGAUCUCGACCAGCCAGAUGACCCACCACCACCCUACGAGGCCUCCAUCAACCCGGACAGUGUGUUCUACGACCCCACAGAUAAUGAUGCCUUUGAGCCAGCACAGGCUGGCCCUCCAGGGGACGGUGGUGGUGAAGGUGCAUUGUCUCAGCGCCUGGAGCAGCCUCUGCCCCCAGGUGCCUCUCUGACAGACCUGGAAGAUUCAACUGAUAGCAGCAGUACCCUGCUUGUGCCCCCUGACUCCACCCAGAACGGGAGCACCCCAGCCACAGAGGCCCUGCCCGGGGGAGGCUGCCACAGCCGCAGUUCCCUCAACACCGUGGUGUAGAGGCUGCCCUGACCCUCGGCCCCAUUGGGCAAGGAGCACCUGUUUGCGAUGGAGAAAACACUGAUUCCCCAAGGGAGACUUGAGGGCCCGUGUGAGCCCAGAUCCACCCGCACUGCGCCUGCCCACUGAGGGCACGGGUGGGAUGAGAGACCUGCUUGGCCUCCCGUGAGAACGAGCACCUCACCAAGUCUCCCCGAGGCCUUCACAAACAUGCCUAGCUUUGGGUCACUGUCUCUUUCUUUUUAAAAUGGCAGAAGAAUGACGAAGUUUGUUCAGACCAUAUGUUUCAGAAGUAGGGAACAAAAAUAAGGUGCUGUGACCAUGGGUAGGGAUGUUGGUAGCUGCUCUGUGGAGCCCAUCAUCCAGAGUCAUCUGCUACAUACUCCCUGAGCAGCUAGUAUACAGAGCUGCCACAGCCUGUUUCUCCCGCCACUGUGCAGGAGUGGCAUCCUGUGCCAGUGUGUCUGUAGACUGUCAGUAUUGUGUAGGCAGUGGGUCUGCUCUGUUAGCUGCUCUGGGUACCUCCCCAGCUCCUGCUGUGAACAUCAGGGAUGAGCCUGUGCUGGCUGGGGUUGGCCUGCACUUCUGGCCAGGUAGCUUGGAAGGAGGUUGAGCUCUACUCUUACUGUUCCUGCUGGGCUCUGUGAAGCCCAGGGCUGCAGGAGGAGCAUUACUCUCCUCACCAGUUUUCUCCUGGCAUUGCUGUGCAUGGCUCCCAGGCCCCACCAGACAAGUGGCUCAGGGGUGGGGCAUGAGUGCAUGAGUGUCUCAGCUCUGCUAGCCUCUGCAGCCCACCUCCUGUUGAACUUACCCCUAGGCCUGCCCCACUUUGUUUGUGCCAUAGAGGGUUUUUCUGGGGGGAGGGAAGGGGUGGCUUAAAUCCUGGGCUGUGUCCAUCCCCCCAAAGUCCACUUCUUACACACCACCAUCCCCAUUGGCGCUUCAUGCCCAGUGGCCGCAUGCCACCUCUUCGUCAUCCCCAGCAGCUCGGGGGCAAUCGGGCCCUGCCUGGGGGCCUUUUGACUGAGGGACCGGCUCCUUUGCUGUGGUUUUUAUCUCCCAGCAUAGGGCUUUGAGCAUUUCUGAGGUUUGGAGAUUAAGCGGGUUCUGUGCGAUUUUUAGCACAUCCAUAUCUUUUCUAUGUUGAAUGUCUGCAUCUUCUAUCUCUCUGUGUGUGUGUGUGUGUGUGUGUGUGUGUGUGUGUGUGUGUGUGCGUGCGCGUGUGUGUGUCUCCAAGUGUUUGCAGAUGAUAGUGGUACGUGGAUGCUGGGGUGGGAUUAAGGCAAGGACUUAACUGAGUGCAGAGCCCUGCUCCCCCUUACAGCCUUUCCAAGGCCAGCUGCAUUGGGGCUGGGGCCGACUGGAAGCGGGUGCUUCUGGUGCUUUGUGAUGACAGACCUUAGUGACCUGGUCCAGCUUCAGGCAUGUUCUCACAUGGGUGUGAGGCCCUUUUCUCCCAUGUGGAAGGGGGCCCUGGAGUUGCCCCACUUUUGUUCCCAGGUUUGGCCAGAGGUGUGACUUGUCUGACAGCAGGCCACAUGCUUCGGGGGACUCGGCCAAGUGGGCCCACAUUCCCCUUGCUGACAAGCUGGCACUUCUUUGAGAACGGCAUCCUGGGAAUGUGUGCUCUGAGCUGCUGCUGAAGACAAAGCAGGAAGCUGACUUGUUAGGGCUAAGGUGGCAGAGCAGGUCAUGGCCCUUGCUGGUGUAUGGGGGAGGGCCCUGGGCAUGACAGUUUUGGAACUCUGGACCUGACCAAUAGCUCAUGUUCCCUCCCAGCCCCAGCGUCUCUGGCUCAGGUCUCAGAAAUGUAUGGGGCAAGGUAGCUGGCACAAGAUGUGUGGCACUGGGGAACUUUGGGGAACACAUGACUGCUGGGCCCAGUUGGGCAUGUUAGAGGGACUGGCGAUGGAGGGGUGGUCUGAAGCAGCCCAUAGGGGCUGUAAAGGGUGGGCCUGCUUACCCGCCCAGGUUUCUGGUAAGGGUGUGCAGCCUACCAAGCAGAAGGCCUGUGGGUAGCACUGCCUUGCACCUGUACCUGCUGUGUCUGCAGGAGUUGGUACCCCUAGACCCAAGCUCUGCUGAAGGGUGUUUGGGAGGGAGGUGGGUGUUUGCCCAGCUGUGGUCCUCCAGCCCAAUUCCCCUUCAUGAGAUCAGCUGUAUUCUGUGGUCCAACAAGGGGCACUGUGAAAGUCCUGGCAGAGACGUGUGCACUUGUGAGAGACAGGCCCUACUUGCCCCAUGAGCCCUGGGCCCCAGCACCUGCCUGGGGGGAGGUGGAAGCAAGUACUGUACAUUGCCUUGAUGCCUGUUUUUAUGUUUUCCUUUCACUGAGGGUUUUUAGUUUGGGUUUAUUUUUGGUCGGGUUGACACUAAUCCUUUUCUUAAGAUGUUGUGAGAAUCAUUUCAUCCAAAUGCCAAAUAAAUUUGUGUUCUGGAA